GACGACGAAACGUAUCUCGGCGCCGAGAACAGCCUGAACCUCUUCACCGUUUCCCGCAACGUGAACGCCGUGACGGAUGAGGAGCGAAGUCGUCUGGAGAUCACGGGGGAAUAUCACUUAGGUGAACUCGUGAACGCCUUCGCUCCGGGAUCACUGGUGAUGAGUUUACGAGACGGUGAGUCCCUGAGCGUCCCGACGCUGUUAUUCGGAACGGCAAACGGCGUCAUCGGCGUCUUGGCCAGUCUUCCGAAGGACGUCUACGAAUUCACCGAGCGCCUGCAGGCGCUCGGUGAAUUCGUAAUCUGUGGAUCCACCGCGGUGACCGCGCGAGAGCUCGACGCGAUGUCGCGCGCGACGCCGUGGACGACCGCCUCGCGACCGCGCGCGCGCGCGGGUGCGACCCUACGUCGCGCCCGCGAGCGAUCGCGCGUCGCGCGGUCGCGGGCGGUGGCGGACGCGACGCGACGAUGGGAUUGUACCGCGCCGCGGCGAACGGUGCUGGCGACGAUCGUCGCGACGUUCACCGCCGUCGCGUCGCGCCCCGUGGACGCGUGGCCGUGGGAGGAGGACGAUGAUGACGAUGAUGAUGCUCUGGACGACGACGAGGCGUGGGCGGAGGACAGAGAGAGAGUGGCGUACGUGGACGAGGAUGGGAACGAGGUGUUUUACGACGCCGACGCGGAUGAGUACUACGUCGUGGUCGAGGAAGACGCGGAGGACGAAGAGGACGAGGAGGCGAUCGAGGAGGACGAGGAGGCGAUCGAGGACGAUGCGGAUGCGAUCGAGGCGGUGGAGUAG